CCCCCUGGUCCUCAUUGUGAAGCCGAGGAAACAUCGCAAGGUUUCGACGACGUUGGUAUGAAAUGGCAGAAACUGCUUGUGUCACGGAAGCACACAGAUUAGGUUACGUAGAAGCUACACAUGUAUUUUGCAAAGAUCCCGGCCUGCUAGUGUGAGGGGAAACGGGAGCGUAUCCGGAGGACAAAGGAAUUAAAAGAGCUGUUUUUCUCCCAACAACAACAACAAAAAAAGCGUCCGGGUUGUGUCUCCAGCAGACAGCAAACGGCGACUGCGGGUCGACACUUGUAAUUAACCGGAGAGGGGUCUUGAGAGGACAGCCCCAUUGAAUGCCCAAUCAUAGCGUUUGUCCAAGGCUUCACCAUGAACCGGAACAAGCGCGAAAAGGAGUACUACAGUAUAGAUGUGGGCGAUUCAACGUUUAUGGUUUUAAAGCGCUACCAGAACCUCAGACCCAUCGGAUCGGGAGCACAGGGAAUCGUCUGUUCAGCGUAUGACCACAACUUGGAGAGGAACGUCGCCAUCAAGAAGCUGAGCCGGCCGUUUCAGAAUCAGACUCACGCCAAACGGGCCUACAGGGAGCUGGUGCUCAUGAAAUGCGUCAACCACAAGAACAUAAUCGGCCUAUUAAAUGUAUUCACACCACAGAAGACACUGGAAGAAUUCCAAGAUGUGUAUAUAGUGAUGGAGCUGAUGGAUGCCAACCUCUGCCAGGUGAUCCAGAUGGAGCUGGACCACGAGAGGCUGUCCUACCUGCUCUACCAGAUGCUGUGUGGCAUCAAACACCUGCACUCUGCCGGCAUCAUACACAGGGACCUGAAGCCCAGCAACAUCGUGGUGAAGUCCGACUGCACACUGAAGAUCCUGGACUUUGGCCUGGCCCGGACAGCCGCCACUGGCCUCCUCAUGACGCCCUACGUGGUCACCCGCUACUACCGCGCCCCUGAGGUCAUCCUGGGCAUGGGCUACCAGGCCAACGUGGAUAUUUGGGCUGUGGGCUGCAUUAUGGCAGAAAUGGUUCGCCACAAAAUCCUUUUUCCAGGAAGGGAUUAUAUCGACCAGUGGAACAAGGUGAUCGAGCAGCUGGGGACCCCGUCUCAGGAGUUCCUGAUGAAGCUCAACCAGUCGGUGAGGACCUACGUGGAGAACAGGCCCCGGUAUGCUGGCUACAGCUUCGAGAAGCUCUUCCCUGACGUCCUGUUCCCUGCAGACUCUGAACACAACAAACUGAAAGCGAGCCAAGCCCGAGACCUACUAUCCAAGAUGCUGGUAAUAGACGCGUCAAAGCGGAUCUCGGUGGACGAGGCUCUCCAGCACCCUUAUAUCAACGUGUGGUACGACCCGACUGAAGUGGAGGCACCACCACCCGCCAUCACAGACAAGCAGCUGGAUGAAAGAGAGCACACAGUGGAGGAGUGGAAAGAGUUGAUAUACAAAGAAGUGUUGGACUGGGAAGAAAGGACAAAGAAUGGUGUCAUAAGGGGACAGCCAGCGUCCAUAGCACAGGUGCAACAGUGAGCGGCAGCCACCACCAGCACCGCACCUCCACGCCCUCCUCCGCCUCCGUCAACGACGUCUCCUCCGUGUCCCCCGACCCGACCCUGACCGACCCAGACAGCAGCCUGUAGAGACGGCCAGCACCGGCGCUGCUCUGGCAGCCACCGGCCCCCUGGGCUGCUGCAGAUGACUAUCAUCUACACCCCCUCCUGGUCCUGGGAUGGGCCUCGCCCCCUGGUCACAUCCAAGACCGCUUGCCCGACACUGGCUCCUGGCCCCACCCCCUGCAUCCCCCCCCUCCCUCUCUCUCUCUCUCUCUCUGUGCUUGUCUUCAGUAGAGUAGCGAUUAGCCAGCUAGCUGGACAGAUAUAUUUUUCUUUUCAUUUUUUAUUACAGUUAUAGUCUUUUUUGUUUUCUUUUUUUAAAUAAGGAUUUCUUUUUGUUUGAGUCCUAGCUGUAAUUUAUUGUGGCAUUUCUUAAUUUUUUUUCUCCGAAACCUAAGAUGAUGAUAUGAGAAUUUUUAUGAUUUCACUACGUUCCGGUUCACAUUAACUGACCGUGAGAACUGAAAGAAAUAUCUGUAAAAUGUUUUAAUGUGAUCUAUUUUUCCGUUGGAAGUCAUUUGUUAAUUUGUAAGCUACUGCUUUUACAACUUGCCAUAUACAUGUAGACUGAGUUUGUACAGAUUUUACGGUAGAUGUAGUUUUAUCUCCGAUACCGGUUUGCAGUGAGCCAUUGAAACAUAAUUGAAUUGGCAGAUGUAUGGUCUCAGUACUCCCCUCCUCCGUUUUAUCUCACGUGUUAUGGAUAUCGUUUUGAGGGCAUACGACAUAUCCGUUGAUUUGAACUGAGAUCGUUUCGAUUUGAGUUGUAAAAAAGUUUUUUCCGCUUGCGAGUAACUACUACUUCCUACAUUGUCAAAGAAAAAAUAACGAUGAAAGCUUUAUAUUUUACUCAUUCUUCACUUACUGUUCGGACACGAUAGGAUUUCAGAAACGAUUUUCACUCGCCAUAUAAUUCAUUUCACCUUCUACAUUUAAGCCACGGGAUUGAUAAUGACCCAGUUAGGUCCCGCCAUGGUAACUGUGGGGCUUUUUUGAAAGACUUCUGUAUUUUUAAGUGCUUUAAAGUGUCUCUUCUUGUCUGCAACAGGCUGUGACAUUAUGGAACUGGAGUGGUGGUAUUGCUUUGGAGGACUGGAUGCGCGUUCUCCACUGGCUCGCUUUGACUGUGAGGUAUUGCUAACAGUUCAGAAUGUUUUUUUUUUGUUGUUUUUUUUUGUCGCGCUUUGGGAGGUUUAUCGAGACGUAGACGAGUUGUGUGAGGUUGUAAAAUCGGUGACGGUGUUGAGUAGAAUGUGCUUCGGUCAAGUAGGGGAUUGCGGGAAAUGAGAAUGCAUGUGAACGUGUCGAAAUUGGGUGUCUUGGAGGGAUAGUGAUUCUGCAGCCUGAUGGAACAGUGUGCAAACAUGUCCUACUACCAGAUCCUGUUGCUAGCAAUGUGCUUUCGUGAAUUUGGAAAUGUUCUUCUAAAGGUUGGCCUUUGCAUAACAGACAGAAAAAAGAAAAAAACCUGAAACCUAUCAGCACAAACAACCAGAGUCAAAAGAAACAAAUAAUUCGUGACUGUAUGCAAUAAUAGUGCCCUUUUUUUUUUUUUGGAGUGUUUCUUGAUUCAGAUUUGAAAGGAAAAGUGCCUGUUUGUCAUUCAUUCCUGAGUACGGGGGAGGAAGUGGAUUCAUUACGUGUAGGUUUUUAUGGUGUCUGGUUAACAACGACGAACCGGUGAUGUAUGAUGGGGUUGUAGUUCUCACAAAUGUAUUGUAUAUUUUUCUACUUGUUUUUGAUUUUUGACCCUUCAGAGGGGAGACUGUUGUGUCUUGCAGGGUAAGAAAGUGAUGGCGUAUAUACGUUGAGAUGCUUAAGCACGUGUUUGAGUCAUUUCGGAAGAAAAGGCAGUUUUAUCAAGGUCUUUCAUCAAAGUAAAAAGAAGUGUUUCUUUGCAAUGACAGCAACCGAAAUAUAGGUUAAUGCAUUUUUUGGGGGGGAUUUUCUUUAAGUACUGAUGUAAUGUGAUGAUUAUAAAAGAAAAUAUUGAACAGGAAGUUUUCAAAUAUAACUACUGGAUCAAACUAAACGAGGGAACUCUUCGACUGCAUUAUUGUCAGUGUUUUGUGAUGGUUUAGGAUACUGUUCACUGGUGGAGUUGCAGACGGACACGUAUCUAAUAGGCAGAGCCAAACAACCAAUGGCGUUUCUGGCUAAUUGAUUUUUUUUGGUUUUUUUUAACUUGUGGUACAAACUGAAAAAAAUGAUCUAACCAUAGUUACUUUAAACCAGCCAUAUUAGCUGAAAGCUAUCUAGGCAAGUUGUGUAAUGGUUUGUUGACUUUUUGAGAUCAUGAAUAUCACGGCCAUAAAUGAAUAAAACAAAAAGGAGUCCAUGUUCUCUUCAAUUUAAACUUUUUGCUCCGCUUAUUGAGGUUUCAUGCAGCCAUUCUGCCUGCUUGACAUGUUUGCAUAGCUAAACUUCCUAUCUGCAAAAUGCAGAGUUAGGAUGUAUUGUACUGUCUUGGUAAAUGAGCAGGUGUUGUGGAUGUUGGCAUAAACAUCCCUGUAUUAGGAUCGUCUAAACGUGCAACACAGAACUGUCUCUAGAACCUCUCUAGUCUUUGAUAAGGACGUUUUGCAAAGCAAAGUUUCAAGAAAGGUUGUCUAUAGGCUGUUGCAUAAAAUGCUGUGUGCUCUGUGCUGUGCUCUACUUGAACAAGUCAUCGGCUGCCAAAUAUAUAAGGCUAAACACAGACAUAACCCAGCUAUGCACCAGCUAUUCGUAAAUGUGUGUGUGUUUGUGUUUUAAUACCUAGCUAGUUUCAAACUAAUGAUUUAGUUAAUUGGGUUGCACCAUUUUAACCUAAGGAAUGUCUUAUCCAGUAAAAAUCUCUAAGCAAAAAGCAAUGGGUAAAUUGCUUGCUUGAAAUCAUCUGAUCAUAAUCUGUCAAUAAUGUAAAGUGAAAGCUACUAAAAGCUACUAUAGAGUCACAAGCUGUAACAUAACUCAAAAAAAUGAGUUUUAGUAGGCCAAACGAUUAAUUAAACAUAACUGUGAAUCCUUUGUAAAUGUAACUAUGACUUUGUUCUAUUUAUUUAUGCAUACAUAGAGAAGUAUGUAUUUCAGAAUCAGUAAUAUCCAUACAUUUCAGUAGAAGUGAGAAGUGUCUCAACAUGUUACAGCAUAACGUUUUGUAAUUUGAUAUAUUUUUUGGUAAUUUUGUGUAAUUUGUUUAAAAUUUCAAAAUCUUCCUAGUUUACAUUUUUAUUAAACAGCAUUUUAUCAAGUGUAUGGUCAGAAUAUCGAAACGGGUAACAUAUUAGCAAGCAUUAGCCUUUUCACUGAGCUACACAAUAUUUAACAUUUAAUGUAUCAGCAAGCAAACGUUAGCUUUGUCAGUUAGCUACACAAUUGUUAACAUUUAAUUUAUCAGCAAGCUAACGUUAGCUUUGUCCCUGAGCUACGCAACAGUUAACAUUUGAUAAAUUAGCAAGCUAAUGUUAGCUUUGUCACUAAGCUAUGCAACAGUUAAAAUAUGAUAAAUUAGCAAGCUAAUGUUAGCUUUGUCACUAAGCUACGCAAAGGUUAACAUUUGAUAUAUUAGCGAUCUAAUGAUAGCUACACAACGGUUAACAUUUAUUAUAUAUGCAAGCUAACAUUAACACUAUUUAAUAACUAGUUUAUGUGGUGCAGCCCAUUUUAAUUUAGUAAAUCUCCACUCUGUAAACACGUUAAAACUAGGCUACCGUAAGUUUGAACUUACGAACAGCUGGUGCAAGUAGCUCAUGCGCUUUUCAGUCACCCAAAACGAAAAUGAAAGGUUUGGCUAGUAAAAUGCAGUGGCAGCAACUGCAGAGGAAGAUUAGUACAGUACAAGACUAAAUUCAGUCUGCAGCACAUUAUUGUAGAUUCCCACAGCAACAAACUAAAUUGUCCGGUAGUAAAUGUGCAGUAGUAUUUUAACAAACAAUGAGUGAAAACUAGGACUUAAUCAGUGUCACAGCUGUAAGAAGACAGUAAUAGCAGGGAGAAAAUCAGUGGUAUGUAUCCAUUUGUCAUAUUAGCCCAUUUGUCAUAUUAGCUAAAAAUAAUCAGUCAGAAAAACAACAACUUUGUCUAAAGUGCUCUUAAUUUCCUUAGCCCAACAUUAGGGGCUAUAAUUGGAGUAUUUUCUCAUGUUUUAUUUCUUCUUAGGUUGUUGUUUGCUUUUUAUUUUUUUUUUUUUAUAAUUACCGCAUCUCUCCAAACAAUGUCAUUCUGAUUUAAGUCUGCUUUGAUGAACUACCUCACGCUGAAUUUCUGCCAGUUCUUGCAUAUACUUAGUCGCCUGCAGAAUUAGCUAUCGAAGACGUGUGAAUAACAGAUUCCAUUAUUUAUUUAUUUGAAAGUGUACUAUUUGUCGGUUUCAACAGACUUCUAGUUUUGUACAUUAUGUAUACUUCACCUAGAAGUAAGAGAAUUGUUAUAUGUCAUUUUUGUUCUUUUAUUUUAUUUUAAUUUUUUGGGGGUUUUUAAACUAAAUGUGCAAUACCUUCAGAAAACUGUGCUAGUAGUGUGUGAUGGGCCUAGCCUUUGUUAGCUGUCUCCUGAAGGUAAAGAAAAUGUUUGGUACUGUCAAUCCAUGUUUUCCUUUUUUUUAUUUUUAUGAAUAAGAUCAAUUUUUAUUUCUGUGACUUGUUUAUAGUCAUGAUGUUACGUAAUCAGCCUCACCCGCCCAAACAAAUCUGUCGGCCAAGGUUUGACGCAGAGACGGGGAGUUCUUUGAGUCACAACACGGCCGAUGGGUUUCGAUUUGGAAUGUGGUAAGGACAAUAAUGUUAAUAAACAAAAAAAAAAAAAAGAUGAGUAAUGAAA